GGUUGACCUGGCUCGAUGUUGGAUAGGCUGGAGUAUUCUGCCCUUAAGCCGGCGCUCCGGUUUGAUGUGUGAGUAUACAGGGAGUGUGAAGGAUGCUCUGCGACACAUUGACAUUCAGCUUACAGAUGAAGAAGUCAUUGAGGCCGUAAAAAAGAUGUUGAACGAAUCGGAGGCCGUCUGGGCCCAAACCGGACUACUCCCUUUCUGUACCUUCAACAAACCGCCAGCUGGUGAUGAUCCGUUCUGGAACAAGAAAUCCCCGCAAGAAAAACCGGCGAAGCCUCAAGACAAACCGGUCAAGCCAGUUCGUCCAAAAACCAAGGUUGUGAAAAAACCUGCCAACAAGAAGAGGACCACUGCAUCCUCCGAUCCACCAGCUGAUGAUGAUGACGACGCUGAAGGCAGCCAAGCCGAUGCUGUAGAGACGCAACAGCACGAAGCUCGCCGCACAACCCGGCAUAGCGGCCAGGUAGUCACCUCCGCCAGUUUACCGAACACUCCGGUUCGGAAACGCCGAUCAAAGGGAACUUCUCACUCAUCAUCUGGUGAAUCGUCUGCCACAAAGCUUCCACCGCUUAAAACAGUGCUUGGUGCUAAGCCCAGACGAAGCAAGAAGGCUCGGUUGAAUAAACCGGCUAAUGAAGACGUGGCUGUUAAUCCGGAGAAAACUCCCGAUCCUGAAGAGGCCAACAUUGAUGACAUGCUAAAUGACCCGCCGCCUCAAGAUCAUGACUUUGUUCCAGAGCAGGCAGAGGUUGACACCACCGGGCACACCGACCAGCCAACAAGCCCUAUCUGGACUGACAAACCGGUCAGUCCGGUGAAAUAUACUGACAAAACGAAAACUCUAGUACGAGCUGCUGAGGAGAAGGAUGAUGAUGUUCUGAUUACUGGCAUUGGCCAUACUGAUCCAGGAAAUCAUGUCGCUUUGUCAAAACAUACCACCAAAGAGGAAUUCUCUGCAAUUGGUACAGGCAAAUGGAAUGCCGAUCUGUCCGCUUACGCCCAUCUGAGUGCUCAAGACCUUCAUUCCAGCUAUCUGAACCGUCUAUACACCAGUCGUGACUAUGAAGCCGGCUUGGUAAAUAUGAUGAAGGAACGAUAUGAGAUAAUUUCAUAAAGUGCUUUUCCCUUAUAUUGAAUUGUAGUUUAUCAACUCCAGUAGCCCCCAAGUGACGGUUUAAGAUAUCAAUCUAAACCGGGACUUAGUAAAAACUUUUAUGCUUUGCAAUAAUGCAUCUAAACUUCACUGAAGUAGCCCCCAAGUGCCGGUUUAACUUU